GUUAAUUAGCCAUUAGCCCGACCGACUGCGUCACAUUCGGAUGCAGUAAUAUUAAAUUUUGAGUUGUUUGAACAAAAAUGGAAAGCGCAUACGAAAAGUUCUACUCCGAACAGGACGACGUCCUCGAUUGGACUAAGGAAGCACAGGGCGUCAUCCAGGAUAUCGUCCGCCACGUAAAGGAAGCGCAAAUUUCCAACCAGCUCCCGACCACCGACUCCGAAGCCUACAUCAAUCUGCGCACGCUGGAAGGGACGGAAGUGUGCAUCAAACUGAACCGGGAAGGUCUCCGGAUUGUGGGCGAUCGGUUCGACUGCGUGGACCAUCAGUUGUUGGGCGAUGAAUGCUUUGAGACACCGUACUCGCUGCUGUCGCAUGUAAGUCCGGCCUAUGUGGAAUCGUUUGGAAGCUGCCUGGCGGAUGCCCUCAGCAAACAGAUUCAGGAACGGAUGGUAGGAAACGGUGCCCAGGCGGAAGACGAAAAGGUCGAAGGGGCAGAUUAGGACAAAAGAGUGUUGUUUGUUAGAUAUUUUCAAUCCAUAUUUACUGCUGGUAGUAUAAUUUUGUUUAGUAAUGUUAGGCGUGACGAUUUUCUCGAAUAAGCAUGAUAUAUUAGGCUGUUUCAGUGGAAACAAUGUUCGAAAAGUCAAGAAGAAAAAUAUGGCUAUUUAUAACAUUUUUGUUGAACAUAUUAAUUUUCUUAAAAAAGUAUCGUCAGAUCGACUUAUGAAAUUUUAUUAUUUUUGUUGAAAAUUCAUAUUGUGACGUUUUGGUUUCUAAAGCCUAUUAUUUUUCUAUUUUUUAUUUAUUUUUCCAAUAGUUUUUUUGAGCAUGUGCUGUAAUAUUUUAGAAAGUUAAUAUGUUCUACAAAAAUACUAUAAUAGGCGUAUUCCUUUCUAGGGUUGACUUUGAAUUUUCGAACAAUGAUUUUUUUUUUCUAAAACACCCCAAUGAUAUAUUCUUUUAGUAUUAUAUUUUAUACAACGGCCAUCGAAUAAACUUAAUCUAAUCUAAAGUUUUCCAGCGAUAACGAU